CAGUUGUUUGGAUACCUAGAAAAUGCUUCUAGGGUGCUGAGAAAAUAAUUAAAUAUUGAAAGAAAAUUUCGAAUGGUAAAUUUGUCACCAUCUAGGGCUUGGGAAUGCAUAAAAUGGCACUUUACCUAAAACUCAUAUGAUCCUUUCAUCUCAGCUCUACAUCACCCUUGAUACAGAGGCGCGUAAAACGACGUCGCAGCACACGUUCUCUGCCCUCUGUGUAUAUGAAGUUUACAUGUCUCAGCAAAGGUGGGAAUUUCUACUUCCCACCGUGCCAUAUCAUCACUGUAUCUGGGUUUCGGAUCCUCCUCGAUUGCCCCUUGGACCUCUCUUCCCUCAUGAUAUUCUCUCCUAUUCCCACACAUGCUUUUUCGACCCCUGAACUUCCGAGUCCGGAUUCUGUGGACCAGAAAAGGCAGAAGCACGAAAGACCCAUUGAUUCAAGCGAGUUAAUUCGUGCACAGCCUUGGUUCAAAACUGUAACCUCCUUGCAUUUGUGGAAUGUUCCUUUCAUCGAUGUUGUUUUGAUUUCCAGCCCAAUGGGUAUGCUUGGACUGCCGUUUUUGAGUAGAGUUAAUGGCUUUCGUGCUAAGAUAUAUGUUACUGAGGUUACAGCAAGAAUUGGGCAGCUGAUGAUGGAGGAUCUUGUUUUGAUGAAUAAGGAAUUUAGGCAGUUUUAUGGGUGUGAGGAGUCUGGUUUGCCACAAUGGAUGAACUGGGAGAAGCUUGAGUCGCUUCCUUCAUUGUUUAGGGAGAUAGUUUUGGGUGAGGAUGGGGUGGAGCUUGGUGGUUGGUUGCCCUUGUAUAGUGCAGAUGACGUUAAAGGUUGCAUGCAGAAGGUUCAUACGCUUAAAUAUGCUCAAGAAGUCUGCUAUAAUGGCACAUUGAUCAUAGAGGCAGUCAGCUCUGGCUUAGAAAUAGGCACAUGUAAUUGGACUAUAAAUGGUCCAAAAAGAAAUAUUGCAUGUCUUUCAAGCUCUAUCUUCAAUUCUUCUCAUGCUAUGAACUUUGAUCAUCAUGCUCUUCAAGGUAAUGAUCUAAUCAUAUAUUCAGAUCUUUCAUCCCCUGUCUUGGAAGAUGUCAAGGACAACGGCUGUUACUCUGCCCCAACUAGUCAGAAUUCCUCAACUCUCAGUGCUGAUAAUGAUCGGGAAGCAUCUGCUGAAUUGUUGCUUAGUACCAGUGAGAGUCUAGAGGAGAUGGAGAAACUAAAUUUCAUAUGUUCCUGCAUUAUAGAUUCUGUUAAAGCUGGAGGUUCUGUUCUUAUUCCCAUUGGUCGGCUAGGUAUCAUUCUGCAGCUUUUGGAGCUGAUAUCACUUUCUCUUGAAGCUUCAAGUUUGAAGGUUCCCAUAUUUAUUAUAUCUUCUGUAGCAGAAGAAUUAUUGGCAUUCACAAAUAUCAUACCUGAAUGGUUAUGCAAGCAGCGACAAGAAAAGCUAUUUUCUGGUGAACCAUUUUUUGCACAUACACAGCUCAUAAAGGAGAAAAAGCUUCAUGUGUUCCCUGCAGUUCAUUCACCUAAUCUAUUAAAAAUUUGGCAGGAACCGUGCAUUGCAUUUUCUCCACACUGGAGCCUGCGGCUUGGUCCUGUUGUUCAUUUGCUUCGACGGUGGUGUGGAGAUGAAAACUCUUUACUUAUAAUGGAGGAAGGAGUAAAUGCGGAUCUAGCUCUCUUACCUUUCAAGCCAAUGGCAAUGAAGGUUCUUCAAUGCUCAUUUCUUUCAGGAAUAAAGUUGCAAAAAGUUCAACCUUUGCUGAAGAUAUUGCAGCCAAAGUUUGUUCUGUUUCCUGAGGAUUUGAGACAGCUGGUUAGUUAUUCAGACACAAACUCUCCCACAUUCUUUUACUACUGUGAAAAUGAAACAUUGCGUGUGCCAAGCUGGAAAAACAGUUCAGAAUUAGAGAUUGCAGCAGACUCGGUCUCCCUGAUCCAUUGCAGAAGGUUAACAGCAGAAAGCAUAGGCAUUGGAAGAUUGAAAGGAGAAUUCUCUGUAACUCAUGGUAAACAUCAGCUACGUUCUGGAAGUGAACAGGCAGACUCUUCACAGAGUAGGCCACCAUUGCUGCAUUGGGGUUCACUCGAUCUGGAAAGGCUUCUGGCAGUUUUAGAGAAGAUGGGCAUUAGAGGAUCCGUAGAACAAGGCAAUAGCGAUACUGACUCGGAAAAUGCGCGUGUUGUACAUGUCUAUGAGCCUAACAAGGCACUGAUAGAAGUCCGAGAAAACAGUACUAUUAUCAGUGCUUCUAAUGAGAGCUUAUCAUCCCUCAUCUUUGAGGCUGUAGAUGGCAUUUUGUCUGGCCUAUAAGCAACAGAGAGUUUUAAUUUCUUUUCUUUUUGUUUAUUAUUUCUGUAACUAUUGAUGUUUUUCAAUAAAGCUAGAUCAUUUGUUACUGUUGUUUC